AUGUCGCAAAAUCAGCGGGAGGCUUGGGAACGAGUGCAGACGAUGCUGCAGAAGCGCAAGGGCGGCUUUGGCGGAUUCCCGUCCGGCGGUGGCCGUGGCGCGGGUAUGACAAGUGCACUCAUCCUGUUAGGUGUUGGCACUUGGGCAGUUUCAAACUCGCUGUUCAACGUGGACGGUGGACACCGUGCCAUCAAGUACUCGCGGCUAAGUGGUGUGCGGAAGGAAAUCUACAAUGAAGGAACCCACAUCCGUAUCCCCUGGCUGGAGACUCCCAUUGUCUACGAUGUCCGCGCGAAGCCCCGCAACAUUCCCUCUCUGACCGGUACCAAGGACCUUCAGAUGGUGAACAUCACCUGUCGUGUCCUGUCGAGACCCCGUGUGGACGCCCUGCCGCAGAUCUAUCGAACACUCGGCCAAGACUUCGAUGAGCGGGUGCUGCCGUCGAUUGUCAACGAGGUGUUGAAGAGCGUGGUGGCCCAGUUCAAUGCCAGCCAGCUGAUCACACAGCGUGAGAAUGUCGCCCGCUUGGUCCGAGAGAACCUCGCCCGCCGUGCGGCCCGGUUUAACAUUGCCCUGGACGAUGUGUCGUUGACGCACCUCACUUUCUCUCCGGAAUUCACGGCUGCCGUCGAAGCUAAGCAAGUGGCCCAGCAGGAUGCCCAGCGAGCUGCCUUCCUGGUCGACAAGGCCCGCCAAGAGAAACAGGCCUUCAUUGUGCGUGCUCAAGGUGAAGCUCGCUCAGCGGAGCUGGUCGGUGAUGCGAUCAAGAAGAGCAAGAGCUACAUCGAGCUACGGAAGAUUGAGAAUGCUCGUCACAUUGCUCAGAUCCUACAGGAGAGCGGUGGCAAGAACAAGCUUUACCUGGAUACCCAGGGCUUGGGCUUGAAUGUGAAUGCCCAUGUUGGUGAGGAGACCAAGUAA